CCUUCUAUGAGUAUUCAACGUAAAAAUCAAAGCUUUUCCUUUUAGUUUCAUCCAAGAUUUCCUCCGGCGACAAUGUCGUCUGGGUUUUCCGGCGGGUUCCCGGAUUUCUUCAAUGUGAACGGCGGCGGUGUAAACAACGUUGCAGGAAGAUCUAUGUCCAUGAUGAAUGUGAACAACGUCAACAGAAGUGACUACAGGUCCCAACUCGCAGGUAUUCUCUCCGACUCGUCUUCGAUGGUCAGUGGGUCACGGUCUGAUUUGAUCGGAAAACGAUCGUUGGCUGAAUUCCAACAACGCCGACAAGAAUAUUCCGUUUACUUGAGAAACGUGAAACAAAGGGGUUACAAUCAACAGGCUUCUUUGGUCCCUCCAACGGAUUUUUUGGUUUCGCCUGAAGUUUCUUCGGUUUCUAAUAUCUCCUCUUCAUCGUUGUCGUCUGUUCCGCGGUACGGUGUUCCGGUUCUGCAACAAGUUCGUCCGCCAACUGCACAAGCCUUCAAUCUUGGUAAUGGAAACUUUAACGGCGUAAUGGGUAGUUAUCAACAUAACAAUCGUAGCAAUUUUUCGCGUAUUUCUUUACCUAAUUUAGCUGCGAAACAAUCGCCGGCGACUCAAGAAACGGAGGGAAAGAUGAUGAAACGUCUGCAAGAGCUUGAGAAACAGCUUCUGUUGGAUGAUGAGGAUGGAGAAAACGAUGUUUCCGGCGUUACUAACAGCGAGUGGUCGGAAACGAUUCAAAACAUACUCGGUUCGACUCCGGUGCAGAAACCGGAUAACACUGUUUCUCCUUCUCCUACUUCCUCGUCUUCUUCGUCGUGUGCAUCUUCCUCUGCAUCUCCGGCGACUACGGUUUGCCCAAAGCAGUUGUUAUCAGACGCUGCAUCCGUAAUAACGGACGGCAAAACAGACUCAGCGGUGGAAAUCCUCACGCGCGUAAACCAGGUAUCAAACGCGCUUGGUACUCCUGAACAACGAUUGAGUUUUUACAUGGCGGCGGCGCUCCGAUCACGAAUGAACGCAAACCUGACGACGGCGUCGGAGUUGUACGGAAAAGAGCACAUUUUGUCAACUCAACUUCUCUACGACAAAUCCCCAUGCUUCAAGCUUGCUUUCAUGGCGGCCAACAACACCAUUUUGGAACUGGGGCAGGCCGAGAAGAAAUUACAUGUGGUAGAUUUUGAUAUAGGCCAAGGCGUUCAAUAUGUGUACUUGCUUCACGAGAUUGCGGCGGCGCGUAAGGUUGACAAAGAGACACCCAUUUCAUUAACGCUUACAACUUUCACGGAUUUUGGUAAUGGGGGUGCUGAAAGAUUGAAGCUUGUGGGUGAUGGACUCCGAUCACUUUCGAACAAAUUGGGUGUUUUGUUUUCUUAUAAUGUUUUGGAUUUCAAAUUAUCUGAUCUCAGUAAGGAGGGUUUAACGGUUGAAAACGAUGAAGUUUUGGCCGUAAAUUUCGCUUUCAAGUUGAAUAAGUUGCCGGACGAGAGCGUGACGACUGAUAAUCUGAGAGACGAGGUUCUCCGGCGCGUGAAAAGGAUGUCACCGGCGGUGGUGACGGUGAUGGAGCAGGAACUGAACGCGAACACUGCCUCAAUCUCCGCGCGUGUAAACGACGCGUUUAGUUAUUACAUCGCGUUUUUAAACUCGUUGGACGCAACAAUUCCAAAGGAAAACCCGGAGCGAGUCAAGAUCGAGGAGGGACUGAGUCGUAGGAUUUUCAACUCGGUUGCGUGCGAAGGGAGGGACCGCGUGGAAAGAUGCGAGGUGUUCGGCAAAUGGCGGGCCCGAAUGACGAUGGCUGGGUUUGUUUCCAAACCAGUGAGUCAACUCACCGCCGAGUCGUUGAUGUCAAAGCUGAACUCGGCGACACGUGGCAAUCCGGGUUUCACCGUGAAAGAAGAUUCCGGCGGGAUCAACAUCGGGUGGUUGGGACGGACGCUCAACGUCGCCUCUGCUUGGCAUUAGAUUCAAUGUAUUAUUAUUAAUUAAUUUUGUUUAAUUAUUGUUUCCGUUAGAUGCCUAAUCCCACCUAACCGAAUAAACGUGGCGUUUGAAUGUGGGGUCAAUUUGUAAAAAGUGAAACUUACAAGGGUAU